CAGCCUGGUGCCGUCUAGGAGAUUGCAUCCGAUCGUACGUCUCCUUCGUUCUGUAGCACUGUAGCUAUCUGCUACACCAUGUCGGACUAUUGGGUAUCGCGCAAGAAGUGGACUUGCAAGUACUGCGAUAUCACCAUAAACGAUGACCUGCCCUCGCGGCAGCAGCAUGAGGGAGGAUUCCGCCACAAGAACAACGUGGAGAGGGCCUUGAAGGACAUCUAUCGCAAGAGUGAGCAGGACAAGAGGGACAAGGAGCAUGCUAGGAGGGAAAUGCUCAAGAUCGAGCGCCUGGCGAAGGAAGCUCAUCAAGGGGACCUCGAACGGCAGUCUGGCUCACCAGCAGCUUCAGCUUCCCAACAACAACCAUCCUCAGAGGCAAGCACAUCAACCGAUGACUCCUCAUCCGCCUCGACAUCAACCGCGAAGCCGGCACCUCCCUCGACCAGGGCCUGGAAGCCCUCCGACCAAUUGUCCGCCUACGGCUCAGCAGCUGCAGACGAGGCGCGGCGCUUAGCAGCAGAGGAAGAGGAAGCUGCUCGCGAGGCUACCGAGGCAGAGGAGGAGGCUCGCAAGCAGGGCAUAGCCGGGGAAUGGCAGUCCGUCGCCGAGCCGACUCCUUCGGGGUCUCAUCUGCAGGGAGACGGGCCGGCGAGCGAUCGAGAUCGGGCUAGGGCCUUUCGCGUGCGAGAGAAGGUAGCGCCUUCCUACCACGAUGGGGGAGCGGACGAGGAGGGAUCUCUAGGGCCCAUCAAGGUCAAGAAGAGGAUCAAGGUCGAAGCAAGUGCGGAGACAGAGGAUGAGCAAAGGCGGAGGAUGCUGCCACAAUGGACGAGCAUGUCUCUGAAUCGAGGCGGCUCGGCGAUGAAGCAGGAAGCAAAGAAGGAGGAAGACACAGACGAGAAGCCGGCAGUGAUUCCACCUUCCACUUCGCAGCCUUCCAGAGAAGAACUUGCCGUUAAAGCAGAGGAGGAGGAUCGGGUGACCAAGCCAGAGGAGACGAGUCCAGCGGUCACUACAAGUGCAACCGAGAAGACGGACGGUGGUGGCGGAGAGCUGGCGACGAUAACACCUGCGACGACAGCAAGAGAGGGAUCUGCUGAGGAGAAGGGUGGAGGCGGCGGAGGCAUGUUCAGGAAACGCAAAGCUGGGGCAGGGGCAGGCUCGAAGAAGGUUCGGAUGUUCUGAACACAGAUGAGAGCAACAUUGCCAAUGGCCGGCGCCUCAAGUUAUUGGGAUCGCACACUCAAUGUAUAUCUUUCAGGAUCAUUUCGAUUUGAGGGUAUGAACGAUGUGACUACAAUGACAACGCCUACUUCCAG